UCCAGCCGCUUCUUCACAUCACAAACCUAACCCUAAAGCUGCACGAAGGAACCUCGUUUUCAAGCCUCCAUCACCACUGUUUUGUGAUCAAGGGUUGUUGUUGCCUUUCUUUCUCGUUGGAUCACUUGAGAAAAGAUUUUAACGUCACGUCUACACCAUUCAACACCGGUUUCAAUUAGUGGAGAAGAGGAAUAGGUAAACAGUUUCAAGUGGCGUUUUUGGUGAUCAAUUUCCCGUCGCAUCUGAACGAACCAGAACACGAUUUUGGUGUCGUUGGAUAGAUCUCGCUGCAAGGAAGAAGUAGCAGUUUACAGUUCUUCAUUACAAGAUUUCAGAUUCAGGUUGGACUUUUGGAGAAGAUAUUUGGGUUAACUCUGAUAGUAUUAGGACAAGUUGACGGUGGUUACUAAUAGAGCGAGUGUCAGGGAAGACACCAAAGUCUUCAAAGUUACUAGAAAAGAUUGUUGCAAGCCGUUUUCAGUCUCUAUCUUCUAGUUCUCAGUUCAGUCCAAAGUCAGAAAAUGGCACUAGGCAGACGAGGAGGUAGACGGGGUGGCACAAACCUUAGAGGAAACCGAGUAGGGGAUGCACCUAUUGAUGAGCGAGAGCAACAGGAAGCAAGAGAGAUUCCAGUUGCACCUCAUGCAGCGGAGAUUGCUGCAACUCGUGCGGAGAUGCAGGUGCUCCGAAACAUGAUGCGGGAGAUUUUGGAGCGACCUGUGUAUGCACCCCCACCACCACCUCCAGCAGUUGCACCUCAUCAGGCAGCACCAGUUGCACCUCAGCAGGUACCACCAAUACCAGCGGUUGUUCCUCCUCAGCACCAUCAGGCACCACCACCGCCACCAGCAACCAGAGUUGAGUAUUCUUACUUUGAGAUAAUGAAGCUCAUGAGUACGAUGGGCACUGAGUAUUUCACAGGUGGAACUGAUCAAGUUCGGGCCGAUGAUUGGAGACAAAUGUUGGAGAAACAUUUCAGGUCAGCAAGAUGCCCAGUGGAGUAUAAGAGCGAUCUUGCAGUGCAUUACUUGAGGGGAGAUGCAGAUAAUUGGUGGAGGAGUGUCGAAAAGAGCUUACCAGUCGGAUAUGUGCCUACUUGGGAGGAUUUUCUUUCGGAGUUACAAUAAGAAAUACCUUCCUCAGGAAGCUAUGGAUCUGCUUGAGUGUGCGUUUUUGGAGCUUCGUCAGGGAACAAAGACUGUUAGGGAGUAUGACGAUGAGUUCACUCGUCUAUUAAGAUUCACAAAGACAGACCAUGGAGAGCCGGAGUUGAUUCGUAGAUUUAUGAGAGGACUAAGGGCUAAUAUUCGUAACCGUUGUUCUAUUAGAGGAUGUACUAGCAGGGUUGAGCUAGUUGAGCAAGCAGCUACGAUGGAGAGGGGACUUGAGGAGGAAGCUAGAGAUCUUAGGAUUACUCAGCAGAGAGCAACUAAGGGAGCAGAAUCACUGAAGCGUACAACAGAUAACCGCGAUACAGGUUCAGGACAGACUCGUUACUUAAAGUGUACCAGGUGUAAUCGAAAGCAUGGAGGGGUGUGUUGGUUGGAUUCAGGCAAGUGUUUCCAGUGCGGUAAAGUUGGUCAUACUAGAGAAAAUUGUCCAGAGGGAGUGGAUACUUGUAGGAGGUGCGGACAGCAGGGUCACUAUGCACGGGAAUGCACUACGCAAAUGGUAAUGACGGGAGGACAGCAGCGGAAUCAAAACCGAGGAAUUUUACCACCACCACCACCAAAAAGGCAAGCAGUUGGACCUCGAGUGUACGCAGCAGCGGGCGAGGAUGGAGCAGAACCGAUUAUGGGAUCGGUUUUUAUUGGGGGAGUUUCAGCCUGUACAAUGUUUGACACUGGAGCUACCCAUUGUUUUGUGAGCCCCAAUUUGGCGAGGAAUUGGGAUUCCAGAAUCGACUUUACAGAGAAACGAAGGAGAAUUGAAACCGCUGGAACACAGUUAGUAGGAUCAUCGCGGACUUACAGAGACGUUCCUGUGGUGAUAGGCGGAGUUGAGCUGCUGGGAAAUUUUCUUGAGAUGGAAUUGAGACGCUACGACGUAAUCGUUGGCAUAGACUGGUUAAAGCGUCAUGAUGCCAACUUGGACUGUCGAGGAGCUCGUGUUAUCAUCAAUCGAGCUGAAGGGAAUUUGGUAUUCUAGGGAGUUGAAACUAAUAACGGAAUUCCAAUCAUUUCAAUGAUUCACGUUGAAGGGUUAGAGUGGAAGGGGCCUGAAGCAUAUGUGGCAACCAUCUCUAUUGAGGGAGGAGAAAUUGGUGUAGAGUUGGAUGACAUUCCUGUAGCA